CCUUUUGGAUAUCUGGUAACUCCUGCGUUUGAGUCCUGCCUUCCGCCUGCACCAGCACCCAGCCUGACAGUAAAUACAUCUGAGCAGGUAUAUUGGGACAUCAGGUAAUUUGGGACAGCAUCAGUCCGUUCACUUGACGAGUUCCUCUGCAACAUCCACGGGCGCGUACCCGUACAGCCGCGCGCGCGCGCACAUCUACCAUAUCUACAGAGGUGCAUCCUACCAAAAUAGCUCUGGUUCGUGACUGAGGAGGAGACGCCGGAUAACACGACUCCUGCAGCGGGGAGGGGGAGCGGCGCCCCCCGCCCCCCGGCGGGUCCCUGGGGUGCCACUUCCUGGGACCUCCCGUCCGUCUGGGUCUAAUGGGACUGUCAGCUCUAAUGGGGUUUCCAUGGAAACGAGGCGUCACGACACGCACAGGCGGACGCGGCUCGGUAUAAAAGACGCGCGCAGUGAAGCUCAGCAGCCGAGAGCAGCGGAACCUCCAGAGAGACCCGAACCGAGUCCUGCAAGUCCUGCCCGGACCUCCUGCUCCUCCACAGCGAUCCUGAUCAAAGCUUGACGAUGAAACAAAGAACGUUUCCAUUUGAGAUGAACCUCAGUGACGGUCCCGCCCCCCGGGUGGUCCGCCGGGUCUCCACCAACAGUCGGGAGCGCUGUCGCCAGCAGAACGUUAACGGGGCGUUCGGCGAGCUGCGGCGCCUCCUCCCCACGCACCCCCCCGACAGGAAGCUCAGCAAGAACGAGAUCCUGCGCCUCGCCCUCAGGUACAUCGCCUUCCUGGACCAGGUGCUGACGGAUCAGGAGGUCAGGGGCGGGCGGCGGGGCCGGGCCGGGAGCGUGGAGGAGGAGGACGGGCCUCAGGGGACGAUGUCCCCGUCCUCCAGCUCGGCCGACGGAGACUCAGAAGGUCUCGCGGAGGAUCCGGACUGUGGAGGUCUCCUGCAGUACCUCCAGCUAUUCGGACAGAUGUGAUUCAGCAGAGACCGGUCCAGGCCGGUUUUUUAAAACAUGGUCCGCUAAAAACACAUGUUGAUGUUUUGGACUCAGAGGUCAUGUGAUAUUCACAUCCUAUUAUGAACUACCAGAGACACGUUGACUUGUGUCCUCUGUUCUGUCGGAGACGCAGAAGUUCUGCUGCCUCAGCGGAAGAACCCGUAACCAGAUCCAGUUGCUUUCAUGUUGAAGGGACUUUUGGUCAUUUUACAGUUUUGUUUUGUUUGUGAUGCUAAAUGUUUUUGUGAAA